UUUUAGUAUUAUUCAUUAUGAAUUUUGUUGAAUGGACCUAUGAUGCUUCAUUUGACCUUUGUACACCUUGAGUUAUUUUAAAGUCCGUCGUCUUUCUCUCAUGCUAGCAUUUUCCUUUUCUUUUUUGUUUAUACUUGCUUAUCAUAUCACCUUAUUUUAUAUCUAAUAUAUUAUUAUUAUUAUACCAUUUCAUUUGAUUCUUCUAAGAAUGCACAAUUAUUCACCUUGUUUUACAUCGAUUAUAUCGCCAUGUCAUUUGAUUCUUACCGAAAAGCACAACUACAUCUACAAGAAACAAGAAAAACAAUUACUAUACCACAGUUAGACAAAGACACCUGUAUAUCAUAUCUCAACAAAGUAUUCCAAGUAUUAGUACGCGAAGAUUUACAUAAGCUAUGGACAAACAAAAAGAAGAAAACCGAAUCCGAGAUUCUAUCAAACUAUUGUCAACAACAAGAACGAAAGCGAACAAUACCAAACCUUUACAAAAAGACUGUAGAACUGUAUAACCAAGAAAACUCAACCGAUUUUUCCAAAGAUACAAUUAGAGCAACUGCAGACUCGAAAGCUAUACCUUAUGUUCGCCUUUAUAAAGAAUUUGUGAAUAAGAACGCUGCCAAUAUAUUAGAGGAAUUAAAAAACAACGAUAACAACAACAACAACAACAACAACAACAACAAUCAAGAUAAUGAGGAUAAUUUUAUUCACAAUACCAUUACUUCUCAAUUGAACACAAUCUUACGACCUGAUUUGUCUGACUUGGAGAAAAACAUCAUCCAUCAAUCACUACUGAAGUCACAGAAGAUAGUUACCAAUAUAAUGGCGGAUAUCUCAACUUUGGUUUUGUUAGACCUUUUGAAACGGACAACUGGUCCACCUGUAGAAAUAACUAGUAUUCUACCUGAAUGCAAGAUUACCAAGGUCCUUCCACCACCACUGAUCUCUCCUCCUUCUUAUGAUGUCAAGAAACUCAUGGCUAGUCACAACAAUGCCACCAAAGCUGAACGACGUCUAUUUGAACUGUAUACUGCCGGCCAUUUGAUGCAUCUGCUGACCUCAACUCAUAACCCUCAAGAAACCUCUCUUACUGACACUCCAGGCCCUUCUACUUCUUCAAGUCAUGAUUCCAACAAGGAUGGUAUAUUGAACUGGAAUUUGGACUUACCGGACAUCACCAACCUAAACCUUACUGAUAUGCCACCUGGAUUAUCUACCAUUAUUCAGCCUUAUUUAAAUACGUACGCCAUCAAUUUAAAGAAUAUAUAUCAAGGUGAUAUAGUGGAUCGUCUGCUAUCAAGAACUAUUAUGACUGUUCUUCGGUGUCGGCUUAUUCUUCCAAAAAAGGACCAAAAUAAGAAUGAAUUGAAAGAAAGGUAAUGCAUAUUGAUGAUUUGAUGAUGAUGAUGGAUGGUUCACAUUAUUAACCUAUCUAUAUAUAAUUAGAAAAUCACAACCAAAAAGUCCCAAGAAUUCUUUUACAUUCA